UCUUCCUUUGGCAGGUUUGUGGGUGAGAGAAGUCGUCUCCAUCAGAGUGGAGAGGGCAAAGGAGAGGAAGAAGAACGGGAGAGAAAAGGAAACUGAGUGAGACUGAAGGAGUCUGACUAAUACAGGAGGACAGGAAGAAGGAAAAGAUAAAGGCAUACAGUGUGGAGAGAGAGAGAGAGAGAGAGAGAGAGAGAGAGAGAGAGAGAGAGAGAGGUACUGUGUGAGUAGCACAGAGUGAGAGAGAGAGAGAGAGAGAGACGGAGCCUGGGUCCAUUGUGUGUGUGCACCCUAUCCGGCUGAGCAAUGAGUGGAUGUCCCUAUUUCCAGCGCAGAGAUCUGCUUAAGGCCCGUCCCCUUCAGAAAGACGAAGAAGAAAGAGAUGACUCUCAGGAUGGCAUUAACAAAGCCACCAAAGGAGGUAUCAUUUAUGGAGACUAUCUGCAGCUGGAUAAAAUUGUGACAGCUCAGGUUCUUCAGAGUGAAGUGAAAGGCAACAAGAUCCAUGACGAGCACCUGUUCAUAGUUACCCAUCAAGCCUAUGAGCUGUGGUUCAAACAGAUCUUAUGGGAACUGGACUCAGUCAGGCAGAUCUUCAUGAAUGGACACGUGCGGGAUGAGCGUAACAUGCUGAAGGUGACCACACGCACCCACCGGAUUGUCAUGAUCUUUAGGCUACUUGUGGACCAGUUUGCUGUUCUGGAGACCAUGACAGCCUUAGACUUCUUUGACUUCAGAGAGUACCUGUCACCCGCCUCAGGGUUCCAGAGCCUGCAGUUUCGUCUGCUGGAGAACAAGAUUGGCGUCCCUGACAACCUGCGUGUCCCAUAUAACCGUCGCCACUACCGAGACAACUUCAAAGGCCAGGACAGCACAGUCCUCCUCCACUCAGAACAGGAGCCCACUCUGUUACAGCUGGUGGAGAAAUGGCUAGAGCGUACCCCGGGCCUCGAGGAGGGUGGAUUCAACUUCUGGGGGAAACUGCAAGUCAACAUUGAAGAAGGGCUGAAAAGGGAAAAAGAAAAAAUAGAGAGCAAGCCACCGUCAGGGGACAAAGAGGAGCAGAUGGAAGAGUUCAUCAAGCAGAGGGAGGUACUCUCAUCCCUGUUUGACGAGAAACGACACGAUCACCUUAUGAGUAAAGGUGAGAGGCGACUGUCAUAUAAAGCUUUGAAAGGAGCACUCAUGAUCUACUUCUACAGAGAGGAACCUCGUUUCCAGGUGCCCUUCCAGCUCCUCACCUCGCUUAUGGACAUCGACACCCUCAUGACCAAGUGGAGAUACAACCACGUCUGCAUGGUGCACAGGAUGAUCGGAAGUAAGGCGGGAACAGGCGGCUCAUCUGGGUAUCACUACCUGCGCUCCACCGUCAGUGACCGCUACAAGGUGUUUGUGGACCUGUUUAACCUGGCCACCUUCCUGGUGCCGCGUGAUUGGGUGCCCAAGCUCAACCCCACGGAGCACACCUUCCUCUUCACUGCAGACACCUGCUGGGACAGCUCCUACUGCACCAGCAGUGGCAACAGCAGCAGCAGCAGCAGCGAGGACUCGGACUAGACACACAUUUCCAGUGUCUGUGUACUCGACAUACAGACUGUGUGUGUGUGUGUGUAUGUGCUCUGAAGAGACACAGUAUGUGUGUGGUGACACCCGCUGUGACAGCUCCUGCUGCAGCAUCAGCAUUUCUGACUAAAGACACAGUCGGAGUGUGUGUGUGUGUGUGUGUAUUAGUGGCACAGAAUGUGUGUGUGUGUAUUAGUGGCACAGAAAGUAUGUGUGUGUGUGUGUGAGAGAGGACACCUGCUGUGGUAGCAUCUGCCGCAGCAGGAAAGACUUUACCUAGAGGCAGUGUGUGAGAGAGUUAACUCAGUAGGAAGUGGCACUUGCUGUGGUGGGAACAAAUUGGUGACACCUACCACACCACACUGCAUUAGCAAUUAGCAAUAACCUGUCCAAUAGAUUUGGAGAAUCAGACGUGUGUGUGUGUGUGUGCGUGUGUGUGUGUGUGUGUGUGUGUGUGUGUGCGUGUGUACGCGCACACACGCUUUGAACCAAAAUUCUGAUUCUGAAUUUCAUCAAAAUAGCAUGUCCUUGCAAACUGGACCUAACCGUUUGUAAAUACUGUGAAGUAAUAUGUAAAUCAAUGACUAAAUGUAGGAUAAAUAGUUAUUAUACGAUUUCUGUACAGAGAACUGACUUAUGAUUAUGACGUGAUUUUGGUGCCAAAAUAUAAAGUUUUUGGUGUAAAUGCAA